AUGGAUAGGAAGAAUAGCAUCGAGUACACUUUGCUGUCGAGAUGCUACAAUCCAGGUGAGGAAGAUAAGGUGAUUGAAAUACUAGAGCAGAGAUAUGCUGCGGACGGGAACUAUAAAAACUACCUGGUUCUCAAGCCCACCGAUAACGCUACCGUGGUGGAGAGGAAGACCUUGCAAGAGAUGGCUACCAACUUUUUACAUGAUUCCAGAUCUGCAAGGAUAAGAAACGGCAUGAAGGAAAAUAAGUACAGUGCUUCGAAGACUCGUAAUGAGUUCAAGCUAUUUAUCAAGGAAACACAGAAAGCGCAAGAAACUCUAUUGAGGAAAAUCAGCAAACUGCCCAAAGGAACCGAUCCUUCUCAAUUCCCGGAGUUUAAGAAAGUGCUCAAAUUCGAAGAGUUUAUUGGCCUGAAUGCGCUUUGGGAGGAAUACGCUAGAGACGUUCUUUAUCCGGCAGGAGAGACUGGAGAAGAUCCGUUGAAUUUGAUGACCAAGAUCACUUCCAUGGAUCUGAUUGGCUCUUUUUUGACAGUAGUAAAGAGCAAUAACUUCAACAUGGUAGGAUUAUGCGGAAUAGUUGCUUGGGAAAGUCAACAUAAUUUCUUAGUUGUUGUUCCUAGAUUGGAUGGCUGGAAGGGAGAGGUUAACGGGUUGGGCGAUGCAGAACCCUCGAAGAAGAGCUUCUCCUGGAGAGAGACUAUCGGAGGGAUGAGAAUAAUCAACAAAAAAAAUACCCUAUUCCAACUCAAAGUACCCACCAAGGAUGCCUCCCAAUAUAUCCCAUUCACCAUCGUAGGAAAUCGAUUUCAGAUUAAGAGUCAUGAAAGAGCAAGUAGAAAGUUCAAAGCCCAUAAUGUGAGAGAUCUGUAA